AUGGAAACUCCUCUUGGGCGUCAUUCUGUUAAGGAUCGACGGGUGAAAAGAAGGCCCCCAUUAUCGACGCCCAGUGAUGACGGUCAUCUUUUGGAAAGAGCCGCUGAAACAGAUGAACUUAGGCAAAAGAAUAGCUUACUAGAGAAACGUCUAGAGUCUGAAAUAGCUGAGAACUCUCGUCUUAAGAUGGAAAUCAAUUCUCUCAAGGAAGCCUUGGCUAAAAGUAACGAGGCAUGCUCGGGAGAGCUGAUUUUGUCUAAUACCUCUAAUUACAAACCUAAGCAUGAUUGUUGUGAGCACUCUGAGAUGAAUAGGGCCAUUGUUAUUCAUGGCAUCGCGGAGUUUGAUAGUACAGAUUGUACGCAACGAAUUUCACAUCUGCGUCUCAUUUGCGUAACUUUCGUGUUAGGGAGAUUUACAUUAGACCAUCCCUCCCUUUGGCAGAGAGAAUUCGCCUCAGUGAACUGA